AUGGAUCUCAGAUAUAGACUGCACCAGCCCGUGGGCAAUGUCCAGUCUGUGCAGCUCAAGUUUGGACUUCGCAGAGCUCUCUUCUGCACUACUGUAGCUCCCUCCAAUGAUAUCUCUGUCCAGUAUAAAUAUGGCCGUCCCGUGCUGGCCAUUCCCCUACCCUCCAGGCAGGAGGACUGCCUCUUCUUCCUCCGCCCCCUUCUCAUGAACGUGGGACAGUUCAUCGAAGACGUCCAGAGAGAGGAUCCAGGUGUAAUGUCCGCUGCUGUGUUCACCACAGAUGGAGAACGGGUAUCGUGCACGACAUCCUUGGACACGCUGCUCAACAAAGACUUCCAGCUCCAGAUUAAUGAUGUCACCUAUAAUGUCCACUCUCCUGUCCAAGUAAAGGUGCCCAAUGAACAUUUGGUGGAGAUGGAGGACAUGAAGACCACGGUCCACAUGCUGCAUGCAGCCCUGCACCUCCCUGGGCACCAUCUGCUGAAGGAGAGGGAGCUGCUGGAGAGGUUGGACAGCCUCAAACAGGAGCUCUCCCCCCUGGAGAAGAUGAGAGCCCAGAUCACGCGGAAGGCGGAGUUAAGCUCGUCCAAGGCAAUGUGGGUGGGGCUGGCCCUGCUGUCUGUGCAGGGCGGGGCGCUGGCCUGGCUCACCUGGUGGGUCUACUCCUGGGACGUCAUGGAGCCCGUCACCUACUUCAUCACCUACGGCACCAGCAUGGGGGUCUUCGCUUACUACGUCCUCACCAAGCAGGACUAUGUUUAUCCCGAUGCCAAAGACAGACAGUUUCUGCAUUACUUCUACAAAGGAGCCAAGAAAGAACGCUUCGACGUGCAUAAGUACAAUCGGCUGAAGGACGACCUGGCCCAGGUGGAGGAGGAUCUGAGAAGACUGAGGAAACCCAUACAGCUGAAGCUGCCUGUGGAGCAGAUCCUGCCGAAGGACUGAGGAGCCUACACUCACUCACACACACACACAUACUCUCAUACACACACACACACACACACAUACUCUCAUACACA